AUGAUCGACAAGCAUGGCGACCACCUCCUCCACGAACUGCCACUCUUGCCGUCUGACCGGGGUUCCGAUGUCGUCCGCAAACUCGUCAAGUACUUCGAAGAGACCCAUCGGCUCACAAGUUGGCUCAUAAAGAUCGCUCCCUUUAUGCGUUCGGCCUUCUACAGAGUAGCUCUCUCACCGGUGCCAAUCGAGGACAUCUCACGCAACUUUCCAUGUGCUGUCAACGUCGAAGCCGUCUUGGGUCGCUGCAACAUCCUCACAAUAGCAGCUCGAGACACCGGGUGCUCCCUAAGCACCGACUUCCUUACACUCCACCGCCACGUCGCAGUCAUGGAUGAGAUGUCAGGAAGCGUUUAUACUAGAGAGGCAUUACUACUUUGCUUAGAACCUAAUAAGUUCACACUCAUAGUGUUUAUCAUCACGUCUAUUCUCCUGUCUAUCGGCUUUGGAGUCCUGGCUGGUCUCUGUCAAGAGAGUCUGGACACCGGGUUAGGGGUGUUUGGUGCCAUCUUGGGAUUGAUUGGUAUUGUCGAGGGCUUUUUGACCUGGCUAUUGAAAUAG